AUGGAACCCCAUCCCCCUGUAUCCGUAUCCGAAGCCAGGCUGGCCGAGCGGCGCAUCUCUCGUAUCAACCGGGCCUGCAUCACCUGCCGCAUCCGCAAGCAGAGGUGUCCUCCGCCCGUGUCUAAUGCCCCGUCGCAGGCUCCGUGCCAGAGAUGCGUGAGGCAUGGGAUCACGUGUAGUUUUGAGACGGACCAGCCGCCGAGUCAGCAGGAGGAACCGAGUCCGACGGCUUUGGCGCAGGUUGUUGUUGGAUUGCAACGGAGACUGAAUGCUCAUGAGGAACGUAUUGCUGAGCUCGAAAGGGGGGGUGUGCGGCAUGCGAGAGAUUCUCGACCGAGUUCGAGGGGAAAGGGUAGGAAUGGUGUUAGUCAUGGCCGGUUUCAUUCCCUAUCAACAGCUGUGGCGACGCCAGAUGCACCAAAGUCUACUUAUCAAGAGACUCCGGAUAUAGACACCAAGCGGUCACUUGGCUCUAGGUUUGACAUGACCAGACUAGAGCUGGCGUCACCAAUUGCCACACUGAGAUCUCUGGGUGCUUUGUCAGAAGACAAGUCUGAUUCUGGGUCAUACUCACGUUCAUCUGCCGCUGUAGAUGGCGGCGAAGAGGACGAACUAUCACCGUAUGACCCCAUAGCCCUUCGCUUGCUCUCGGUCCAGGAAGCCCAGCAUGCUUUGGAUAUUUACUUCAGACAUUGCCACCAAUGGGCGCCAAUACUAAACGAGGAUCUUCGCCACCCAGGCAUGGAUUUGAGGAGAUCGAACCCAACACUCUUCCUCGCCAUACUCGCAGUAGGCGCACGCUUCUGGCGUGACAACGGACUGCACCCAAGAUACUUCGACCUCAUCGCCCUAUGCGACGCCGCCAUAUCACGUCUUCUGCUCUGCCCAACCCCAGCGGAUGCCAGUCUGGGGUCCAUCCAAGCCUUGAUGCUGUACCUCCAAUGGAUGCCAUGCGGCAGGAAGGACACAUUCGGGAGGUUCUCGGAGGAGGUCAAUUCGCACACCAAGAAGUUCCGGACGCGAUACAACGACAUGAGUGCAUGGGCCAUAUUCGGUCUUGCCGUCCGGUAUGCGACGUUUCUCAGCCUGGAGAAAUCGGCCUUGGCCCCUUUCCGCAAAGAUGUGCAGUCUACGCCGUCCCGCAACGACAUGGAUCGCAUGAGAGUGUGGCUUAACCUCAUCACGUAUGACUGCAAUCUUACACUGGCAUCAGGUCUCACUGCUUCGUUGGACCCGACACUCACGGGUCAAGUAGCCAGAGGAUUCUGCUCACAUCACUUUGCGCAGACUCCUGGUGAUGUGCGGUAUGCUGCUUUGGUCGAGCUGGCGUGCAUCAUGCGGCGUGCUAAACACGUCGAUGGGACGCCAACGAAUAGACAGCCGGAUGUGGCGAGUCUGAACAAUGCGAAUGUGGAGAUGAACAAUUGGGAAAGACACUGGCUCGGCCGGCUAAGACAUACUGACUUGCAACACACUCAACUCCCCUUCACAUCCCUUCGUUGGUACCGCCUCGCCUUGAACAGUUCGCUCUUAAGACCACUCCUCUCCUCAACAAGGUCACGAGACCAACCCAUUCAAGUUUGGACCCUCAGUUUCCUCGAAAUCAGCCUCACGGCAGCCGCCCAAAUCCUCUUCUCCCUUUUAACCACGGCCUCUGAAUAUGUCUGGAGAUUAGACUCACAGAACCUCUCCUCCUUCCCCGACGGCCCCUUUAUUGUCGACCAAGCUUCACGCACAAGCUUACACCACGCUGUGGACUCCACCUGGGUAUCUCACACGUUUGCAUUGACAUUUCUGGUGCUUUGCUACAUUCGCGGCACCAUCGACCACGACCUCCGAAUCUGCAGCCUCUCGACCACGGCGCCGUUCACCACGCGAGCUCCAUCAAAACCGCAGCCAUCUUCAAUCCUUGCCCGACUGGCACGGCUCGCGUUGGAUAUCUUCAGCGAUGAGUCAGAGACAUCCGAUUUCCGUCCUGAAGGUGACUUCUCGGCCAUCGUCCGCAAUGCUGCCUCGCUCGUUCUAGACCGGGGCGAUGAACAUGCCGGGGUUGCGCAAGAUCCGUUCAACCCGGCUGUGCAGUCUCUAUUUGAUAUGAUGAAUGACUCUGUGUUUGACUGGACGGCUUACGUGGGUGAUGAAGCCAGCCUUGGAAGCUCCUGGUGA